GGAAUCAUGAGAUGUUGAAUUUCAUGGCGGCGAGGUCGGGGUUUGAGGAAUUUUCCGAUUGUGGCGGUGGAGGAGAGUGUUGUUCGGAGUCGGCGAGGUUUGGGGAGGUUAGGGUUUUGGAGAAGUGUUUUUUGGAGAGAGAGAUGAAAUGGGUGAUCUGUAUGGACGGGGCAAUGGGUUUAGUUCUGAGUUUUUGAAUUCUGCUUCAAAACUCUUGCAGGUUUGAUGAUCUUCACACUCUUCUCUUUCUUCUUUUUCUUUUUUUUCCCUUUUGAUUGCCUGAAUUAUUGGUGGAAGUUGCACGUUGAUGGAUAAAUUUGAUCUGUUUGGUUGCCAAGAAAAGAAAACAGAAAGAAAGGGAAGAAAAAAUGGGUUAUAUCUUAUAAUAUCAUAUGGCUUUUGAAUUUCCGAGUUUGAAUGCUAUCAAAUUCUUGCAUUUGUUUCCUGAGAAACAAUCAAAUGGGUGACUGAUUCUCGAGCCAGAGCAAUGUGUUUGUUUUUUUUUUUUUUUUAUAGUAGAAUGAUAUGAAUAGUUGACGAUUGAUACGACUCACUUGAUAAUAAUUCUCUCUUCUUUAAGA